CGGCUGUCUGAGAUAGUUACGUAUUUCUGGGAGUAUAUACCCUUCUCAUUGUGGGUUUUUCGGUAUUUGUGAAUUGAACGAUUUGCUGGUUUGACGUGUCGGAGCGAUCUAUCAGAUUUUUCAAAAUGAAGUACUUUGCUGCGUUGGUGGUUUUUGCGUAUCUUUACGCAGUGCAAGCUUCCGUGUACCUAGAAGAAAAUUUCGACGAUGACACCUGGGAGAAAAACUGGGUGUACAGCAAACAUCCAGGAAAAGAGUUUGGAAAAUUCGUAAGGACUGCCGGAAAAUUCUUCAGCGAUGAAGAAAACAAAGGUAUCCAGACAUCCGAAGACGCUCGUUUCUACGCGCUCAGCAGGAAGUUCGCACCCUUCUCGACAGAGGGCAAGGACUUGGUCGUCCAAUUCACUGUCAAACACGAACAAAACAUCGAUUGCGGUGGCGGAUACGUCAAAGUUUUCGACUGCUCCUUGAACUCGGAAGAGAUGCAUGGAGACUCGCCCUACAGGCUUAUGUUCGGUCCCGAUAUUUGCGGGCCCGGAACCAAAAAGGUUCACGUCAUCAUCAACCAUAACGAGAAGAACGUGCUGAUAAACAAGGAUAUCAGGUGCAAGGACGACGUGUACACGCAUGCGUACACCCUCAUCGUAAGGCCGGACAACACGUACGAAGUGCAAAUCGACGGGGAAAAAGUUGAAAGCGGCGAAUUGGAAGCCGACUGGGAUCUGCUGCCGCCCAAGAAGAUCAAGGAUCCGGAAGCUUCGAAACCGGAAGAUUGGGACGACCGCGCCACCAUUCCCGAUCCGGAGGACACCAAACCCGAAGACUGGGACAGGCCCGAACACAUUCCCGAUCCUGAUGCCACCAAACCCGACGAUUGGGACGACGAAAUGGACGGCGAAUGGGAACCACCGAUGAUCGACAAUCCGGAAUACAAGGGCGAAUGGAAACCUAAACAGAUCGACAACCCCGCAUACAAAGGUUCUUGGGUCCAUCCGGAAAUCGACAACCCCGAAUACUCCCCAGUACCGGAUCUCUACAAACAGCCGGAAAUUUGCGGCAUCGGCUUCGACUUGUGGCAGGUGAAAUCCGGCACCAUCUUCGAUCACGUGCUCAUCACCGAUGACGUCGAGUACGCGCAAAAGGCCAUCGCCGGCCUGAAGGACCAACAAGAAGGCGAAAGGAAAGCCAAAGAGGCUUUAGACAAUGCGGAAAGGGAAGCCGCUGGCGGCGACGAAGACAAGAAAGACGAUGAGGAGGAUGAGGAUGACGAUGAGGAGGAGGGAGCGGAGGAUAACGUGCCUCCAGUGCACGAGGUGAGUGGAAAUUUAUCGAUUUUUGCAGUUUCAGGAGGAGCAUGAUGAGUUAUAGAAGGUGAAAUAAUUGUGUAAGAGACAUUUUUUGAUAAUAUUACAGUGUGCGGUGUUUUGUUCGAUAGUGUGUACUGUUCCUUUGACUGAUUUUUGUUAUAAUUGAGCGUAUUUACUUCUAAUAAAACACGAAAUCGGAUGAGUGUUGUUUUUGCAUUUCACAUUUUAUUUGUACAAAUUCAAUAAAUUAUUGUUUUGUAAAUUA